AUGGAUAUAUUGGAUUGGUUUGCCUUUCACAGCACAGCAGCAACAGCAGCAACAGCAGCAGCAUUAGUAGCAAAUGAAACCUCAAUAACAGCAACAAAAAAACCUGACGAAGAAGUGCGAACAGCAUAUCUGCUCGCUGUGGUCCUACUCGUAGCCACAACUUAUGCUCGCGCCGAAGAAGAAAAGCAAGCUGCCGGAGCUGAAGAAAAGAAAGUCGAACCCAAACCAGCUGAAGCUGAGAAAUCAGCCGAUGCCAACGAUGAGACUACCAAGACCAAACGUGGCCUUCAUCACUACGAAGACUAUCAUCAUCAUCACUAUCCCAUACAUGAGGAGAAAACUUUAACAAUCAUUAAGAAAGUACCCGAACCCUAUCCGGUUGUGAAACAUGUCCAUGUGCCUGUCGAGAAACAGGUGCAUGUACCCUAUAAGGUGAAAGUGCCCAAACCAUAUCCCGUGGUCAAGCAUGUACCUUAUGAGGUGAAGGAAAUUGUUAAAGUACCCCAUGAAGUGCCAGCUCCCUAUCCAGUUGAAAAGAAAAUCCCCUAUCCAGUACAUGUGCCCUAUGAUCGUCCAGUGCCCGUUAAGGUUUACGUACCAGCACCAUAUCCAGUUGAAAAGAAAGUUCAUGUACCCGUUAAAGUACAUGUGCCAGCUCCUUAUCCAGUCGAAAAGAAGGUACAUUAUCCCGUUAAAGUGCAUGUGCAUGUUGACAAGCCAUAUCCAGUGGAGAAGAUUGAACACUAUCCCGUUAAGGUGCACUAUGACAAGCCAGUGCCCUAUAAUGUGGACAAACCAGUGCCCUAUCAUGUUGAGAAACCGGUACCAGUACCAGUUAUUAAGAAAGUACCCGUUCCCGUGCAUGUGCCUUAUGAUCGUCCAGUGCCUGUACAUGUUGAGAAACCAGUGCCCUAUGAAGUUAAGGUUCAUGUACCCGCACCCUAUCCCGUUAUCAAGGAAAUCCCAGUUAAGGUGGAAAAACAUGUGCCCUAUCCCGUUAAGGUGGCCGUAGAGAAACCCGUAGCCGUACACAUUGAAAAGCAUGUACCCGAAUACCAUGAGAAACACAUCAGCUACAAGGAGCCCGAAUUCCACUACAAGAAAAUCGAAGAGCAUCAUCACGAGCCCAUUUCCCAUCAUCAUGAGGAAUAUCAACAUCAAGGACAUGAGGUGGAUCAUAGCCAUGAUUUUUCGCAUUUCUAUCAUGGUCAUUAUUAAGUAUUUUAAAACUAAUGUAAAUUUUUUCUCUUUUUUUUACUCCCGUUACAGCAUCACUAAAGAGUCGUCUGAUAUCUCCCAUUUGCAAAAAUAUAUUAAAAACAUAAAGAAACAAAUAGAGAACUUCAGAGAGCGUCAUAUGUGAUUUUGUGAUUGGUAAAGAGAGACUGAGAGAGAGAAAGAGAGUAUGAGAGAGAGACGGACAAAUUAGAAAGUGAGUGAGAUGGCGAAAAGAGAGAGAGACUAGUAACGAAUGAAAUUGAUAAAUGCUUACGUUUAAUGGAUUAACGAUGUGAUUGAAUUGAUAAAUGGAAUUAAAUUAAUUUAAAA